CAGCAGUUGUGCAUGCGUUACUUUAACAAGUAUUGUAAAAAUCUAUAGCCUGUUUGUAUUUGCGUUAUAAACCACAAGAUACACAAGAUAACCGAUUACUCUUUUCAACAAACACAGUAUAAAAUGACAUCACUAGGCUUGUGACAUUCAACAACAUUGUUUCGCUAAUUAUUUGACAGCUGAGGCACAUGUGAAGAUUUGUUUUGUAGGAAUUGAAAUUAACAAUUGUUGAUUGACUUGUUUGUAAUUUUAUAAGAUAUUUAACAUUUAUUAAAUAAAUAAAAUGGAUGGAGAUGCGCCGCAAGAACCAACGAUUGAUUUUGUGCCUGCGUUGUGUUUUGUACCGCGCGGUGUAACAAAAGAACGACCAGAAAAAGUUGCUUUAUCACGCAAUGAACUCGAAAAGAUAAUAAAGGACGCUAAGGAGCAGUUAGGUGGCGGAGAUGGUGACGGCGACAACGAUGACAAUGACACAGAUAACGAGAAUAAUGCCAAUAACAUGGAUGUAGAUGACGUAAGAAACACAAAUGAAAACAAUGAUCCCAACGACGAAUUCAAUUUCGAUAACUACGAGCAGGAAGAGCAAGGUAAUUUGGCUAGUAUUGCAACCAUUGUAAAUGCAGAUCAACAAAUAGCUGAUGAAGAUAACGAUUCUGAAGCUGAAGAUGAGAUUAUAAAGUCAACAGAUAAUUUAAUAUUAGUUGGGCAUGUACAAGAUGACGCUGCCUCGAUGGAAGUGUGGGUAUUUAAUCAAGAUGAGGAAUCUUUGUAUACACAUCACGACUUUUUAUUACCAAGUUUUCCACUGUGUAUCGAAUGGAUGAAUCAUGAUCCAGGCAGUAGUAGUGCAGGUAAUUUGUGUGCAAUUGGUUGUAUGGACCCUGUUAUCACAGUAUGGGAUUUGGAUAUACAGGAUUCGUUGGAACCUGCAUUUAAAUUGGGCUCUAAAGGCAGUCGUAAAAAAAACAAACCUCGCAUUGGUCACAUGGAUGCUGUACUAGAUUUGUCAUGGAAUCGCGAAUAUGAACACAUAAUUGCCAGUGGUUCAGUUGAUAAAACUUUAAUACUUUGGGAUUUGGAUGAAGGCGAGCCACACACAACUAUUACAGCAUUCAAAAAUAAAGUCCAGUCCGUAGAAUUUCAUGGUACAGAAGCACAAACUCUUUUAACUGGUUGUGCUGAUGGAUUGGUGCGUAUUUUUGACUGUCGUGAUCCAGAAAUUAUCAACACAUCGUUCAUUAAAUGGAAAAUCAAUGGUGAAGUUGAAAAAGUACUUUGGCAUCCAACAGAAACACAUAAUUUUAUAAUCGGUACAAACGACGGCAGUUUGCAUUACGCGGACAAGCGCAGACCUGAUUCAUUUCUGUGGUCAUUAAAAGCGCACGAGGAGGAAAUAUCUGGCGUUUGCUUCAAUGCGCAAAAACCAAAUUUAUUGACCACCAGUUCCACAGAUGGAGUGCUUAAAGUCUGGAACUUUUCCACGAGUAAAAUAGAUGAAGUUCAUUCACAUGAUUUUGAAAUGGGGCGGCUACAGUGCAUGAAGCAGUGCCCAGAAGAUCCCUAUACGCUGGCGUUAGGCGGUGAAAAACCACCACGUUGCCGCAUCUACAAUAUUAAGAACUUUGAAACGGUGCGCAGAGUAUUCGACAUUCCAGAUGCGAUAUAACUGACACAACAUUUGACAGAUGCAUUGCAGCACGUUGGCGUUGGCUUAUAGUGUAUUAUUCCUUAUAUUGCGAAAAUAUAGUUUAAUAAACGUAAAUGUCUGUAAU